GGUGUUUUUAUCCCAAAUUUUGGGCUCUGUUCCCAUCCCCUCUCCCGAUGUUUUAUCCCGAUUUGGGCUCAGUUCCCAGGACCUUUCCCGAUGUUUUUAUCCCAGAUUUGGGGCUCAGUUCCUGUGCCCUUUCUGGGUGUUUUUAUCCCAAAUUUUGGGCUCAAUUCCCAUCCCCUCUCCCAGUGUUUUUAUCCCAUUUUUUGGCUUCGGUUCCUGUCCCCCCUCCGGGUGUUUUUAUCCCAGUUUUGGGAUCAGCACGAAUUUGGUGUUUUUAUCCCAAAUUUUGGGCUCAGUUCCCAUCCCCUCUCCCGAUGUUUUUAUCCUGAUUUCCGGCUCCCAUCCCCUUUCCUGAUAUUUUUAUCCCGGUUUGGGGUUUUUAUCCCGAUUUUGGGCUCUGUUCCUGUGCCCUCUCCCGAUGUUUUUAUCCCGAUUUUGGGGCUCAGUUCCCAUCCCCUCUCCCGAUGUUUUUAUCCCGAUUUCGGGCUCCCGUGCCCUCUCCCGAUGUUUUAUCCCGGUUUGGGGUUUUUAUCCCGGUUUGUGCUCGGUUCCCGUGCCCUCUCCCGAUGUUUUUAUCCCGGUUUGGGGUUUUUAUCCCGGUUUGUGCUCAGUUCCCGUGCUCUCUCCCGAUGUUUUAUCCCGAUUUCGGGUUCCCAUCCCCUCUCCCGAUGUUUUAUCCCGAUUUCGGGCUCCCGUCCCGGUUUUAUCCCGGUUUGUGCUCAGUUCCCGUCCCCUCUCCCGAUGUUUUUAUCCCGGUUUGUGCUCGGUUCCCGUGCCCUCUCCCGAUGUUUUUAUCCCAAUUUCGGGCUCCCGUGCCCUCUCCCGAUGUUUUAUCCCGGUUUGUGCUCGGUUCCCAUCCCCUCUCCCGAUGUUUUUAUCCCGAUUUCGGGCUCCCAUCCCGGUUUUAUCCCGGUUUGUGCUCAGUUCCCAUCCCCUCUCCCGAUGUUUUAUCCCGAUUUCGGGCUCCCAUCCCGGUUUUAUCCCGGUUUGUGCUCAGUUCCCGUCCCCUCUCCCGAUGUUUUAUCCCGAUUUCGGGUUCCCAUCCCCUCUCCCGAUGUUUUUAUCCCGGUUUGUGCUCGGUUCCCGUGCCCUCUCCCGAUGUUUUAUCCCGGUUUGUGCUCGGUUCCCAUCCCCUUUCCCGAUGUUUUAUCCCGGUUUGUGCUCGGUUCCCGUGCCCUCUCCCGAUGUUUUAUCCCGAUUUCGGGCUCCCAUCCCGGUUUUAUCCCGGUUUGUGCUCAGUUCCCGUCCCCUCUCCCGACGUUUUAUCCCGAUUUCGGACUCCCGUUCCCUCUCCCGAUGUUUUAUCCCGGUUUGGGGUUUUUAUCCCGGUUUGUGCUCGGUUCCCGUGCUCUCUCCCGAUGUUUUUAUCCCGAUUUCGGGCUCCCAUCCCCUCUCCCGAUGUUUUAUCCCGAUUUCGGGCUCCCAUCCCCUCUCCCGAUGUUUUUAUCCCGAUUUCGGGUUCCCGUGCCCUCUCCCGAUGUUUUAUCCCGGUUUGUGCUCGGUUCCCGUCCCCUCUCCCGAUGUUUUAUCCCGAUUUCGGGGACACUGGGGACACCAGAGACAUUGGGGACACCAGGGGCAUUGGGGUCACCGGGGGCACCAGGAACACUGGGGACACCAGGGGCACCAGGGACAUUGGGGACACCAGGCACACUGGAGACACUGGGGACAUUGGGGGCAUUGGGGACACCAGGAACACUGGUGGCAUCAGGGACACUGGGGACACUAGGGGCAUUGGGGACACUAGGGGCAUUGGGGACACCAGGGACAUUGGGGACACCAGGGACAUCAGUGACACCAGGAACACCGGGGGCCUCAGGGACACCGGUGCCACCAGGGCCAUUGGGGACACCAGGAACACCGGUGCCACCGGUGCCACCAGGGCCAUUGGGGACACUGGUGCCACCAGGGCCAUCGGGGACGUGGCGCUGGCAGCGGAGCAGCUGCGGCUGGCGCGGCGGGAGCUGGGCAGGAUCACCGGGCACGUGGGAGCCGAGGAUGUCCUGGAGAUCAUUUUUCGGGAUUUCUGCGUCGGGAAGUGA